ACCGCGGGCUGGGUGCUGGCGGCAGCGCUGCUGCUCCGCGCGCACCCGGGCGUCCUCUCGGAGCGCUGCACCGACGAGAAGAGCCGCCGCAUCCUGGCCGCGCUGUGCCGGGAGUACGAGGGCGGGGUGCUGGUGGGAGACCUCUGUGAGGACCUGUGCGUGGGGGAGAAGCUGCUGUACCAGCGCUGUUUGUACUAUGAGAGGGGCAAGAAGGUGCUGCAGGCCGACUGGCGUGGCCGGCCCAUCAUCCUCAAGUCCAAGGAGGAGGCCUUCUCCAGCUUCCAGCCGCUCGGUCUGCUGCAGGACGCGGCCGACGAGGGUGGCCAGGACUUCCCCGAGGCAGAGCUGCUCCUGCUGGUGGCCGGCGAGGUCAAGAACGCCCUGGGCCUGGAGCUGUCGGGCGGCAGCCUGGGGCCACUGUGGCCGGGGAGGCGCGGCCCUCGCUGGCGGGGCCAGCUAGCCAGCCUGUGGACCCUGCUGCAGCAGGAGGAGUUCGUCCUCUUCAGCCUGCUGCAGGACCUGAGCCGGCACGCCCUGCCCGUGCUGGGCUCCUGUGGCCACUUCUACGCGGUGGAGUACCUGGCUGCCGGCAGCCCCCGCCACCGGGCCCUCUUCCCCCUUGACGGGACCACGGGGGCCCCCCGGGGCGGCCGGGGCCAGGCCAAGGCCGUCAGCGACAUGGCGCUCAGCUUCCUGGACAUGGUGAGCCAUUUCGAGGACGACUUCUCUCACCGCCUCCACCUGUGUGACGUCAAGCCUGAAAACUUUGCCAUCAGGAGUGACUUCACGGUGGUGGCCAUUGAUGUGGACAUGGCCUUUUUUGAACCUAAAAUGAGGGAAAUUCUCGAGCAGAACUGCACGGGAGAUGAAGACUGCAAUUUCUUCGACUGUUUCUCAAAGUGUGACUUGCGUGUCAACAAGUGUGGAGCAGAAAGAGUCAACAGCAACCUGCAGGUCAUCUGUGACAAGAUAUUCCGCCACUGGUUCUCCUCGAGUCUCUGGAGCUCGGCCCUAUCCUUCCCGCUGCAGCGGCAGUUGCGGCAGGCGGUGCAGGAAUGCGCGGACCCCGGGCGCACCGCGCGCAGGCCCCCGAGAGCAGCCCCUGACGUGUUCUGGAAGCUUCGGCGCCUCCUCCGAGAGACGCAGAGGGAACUGCAGGAGGCAGAGAAGUAG